UCAUGUCCGUCCGGGUCGGAAUGGCGGCAGAGCGGGGGGAGGGAGGAGCAUGCCGCUGGUGGUGCUAUGCGGGCGGCCGGGCAGCGGGAAAAGCCGGCGGGCCGCGGAGCUGCGGACGGCUCUGGGCGGGCCGGAGAGGCAGGCGCACGUCGUGGCCGAGGCGGAGGGUGGCCGGGCGGCGCUGCGGGCCGAGGUGGAGCGGUUGCUGAGCCGGCGGGACGUGGUGAUCGUAGACGCGGGUAACGAGCUACGGAGCAUCCGCUACGAGCUGUACUGCGCGGCGCGGCAGGCGGGCACGGCGCGCUGCCUCCUGCACUGCGCGGGCGGCACGGGCCGCCCCGACGAGCCGCCCUUCGAAGCUCCCGACCCGGGCAACCGCUGGGACCGGCCGCUCUUCACGGUGCACGGCGAGGAGCCGCUGCCGCUGGCCGACAUCCGCGCCGCCCUCUUCGAGACUGCGCCGCCGCCGCCGCACCGCGCCACCCGCACCCAGCCCCUGCAGUCGUGCAGCUUCCUCCACCACCUCGAUCGCGUCACCCAGGAGGUGCUGGCCGCCGUCAUGGCCGCCCAGAGGAGCGGGGCGCAGCCUGGGGAGGUGGUCCGCGUCCCCGGCGUAGCCGAAGGGCUGGUGCUGCACCGUCCCGUGAGCAUGGCCGAGCUGAGCCGUCUGCGGAGGCAGUUCAUCAGCUACACCAAGAUGCAGCCCAGUGACGAAAAUUUGCCCCAGCUGGCCAGCAUGUUCCUGCAGUACCUGAGCCGCAGCAUCCAGUGAACCCUGUCACCUGUGCUACAAACAGCAGCGGCCGUGAUACGGACCCAAAGAACUUGUAAUAGGAAGAACACACUUUCCAGCCACGCAUCUGACAGACCUCGGGCCUAGCAUAUCACAUGUGGCAACAGCAGCUCUGGGAGGACGGAUGCCAUGUCUUUGCAGCAGCUGAGCAAGCUGUAUUGCUAAGAGGAUCUACUGGGAUACUGUUCCCCCACCCCUGCAUCCUCCCCACUUGCGUCCUUUGAAAAGAACAGCUACUGUUGUGUCCCCAGGCAAGCAAAGUCUCCUGUGGAGACAAAAACUCCAGUAAGCAAGUAGUGUCUAAGGAGAAAAACCCCAAAGGAAAACCUUUCCCUUCCACGUUGGUGUGUGUAUGUCUUGAAUAAGAAGGUUUUUCUUCCAAAAUUGUCUCCAGAUGAUGCCAAGCUGCAGAAGAAACUGCAGGUCCAGAACUGUAUUUUUAGGGUGUGACUAUCAUAAAACCCUGCUAAACACAAGAAGUAGAUUGGCAGUCCCUGCACAAACAGAAGGGUGUUGGCUUGACAAGCUCAAAGCUCUGUUUCAGGAUUAAAAAUAAAAUAUGUGCCUUAAA